UGAUGCGUGGGACGGCGUAGCAUCAUGUCUCACGAAGAGCUCUGGCUUGGAACCUCACCAACUCUUCAGCCAGAAGCGCAGCAAGAAGACGUUCCUUCAGAAGCAGCUUUGCUUCCAGCUCCUCAAAUAUCAGCUCGACAUAACUGUUACCAGCAACCUUGUCGCUCUAUAGUAAGGCACUCGAUUAAAAGGUGGUGCCGAAAGGAGCCUUUUAGUUACUCCCAGCAUGACGCGAGGUUCGUGGACCAGUCCGGCACGUACGUCACAGAAACACGUGGUUCAUCUCAGAUGAAUGCAUCUGUUACGAGAGCCUCUUCGUUGGAAGCAUCAAUGGCACCGCCAGAUGUAUUGGCAUCAGCAUGUGGGGCUCAUACGUUAACAAACACCGACAACACCUUCACAUCUGCCCAACAGAUUUCCUUGCUGCUGGACGAGGUAGCUGCUUGUGAUAGAGCAUCUGUCCGUGUCGCUGAUGAAACGCUUAGUUUUGCGGGGUCGUCAGCCGCGCAUUGCGAUAAGGGAUUCUCUUGUUACAACUCCGGGUGCUCCAGAGACUGCGAUUCACCUGUAACCGACAGAGAUGAACUUUCCUGCCUUCACAAGAUAGGCCAAACUCAAUCUGGUUUUUGUGAGCCAGUUUAUGUAAUGCAUGAAUCUUGUUCACAAUCUUGCUGCUCAUCGGUGAGCACCAGUCAUGCUGCUCAUCGGCGAGCACCCAAGUGUCAAUUGUUGUCCAGUGACAAUCACAGUGAAAGUUCCCUAGCUGCGCAGUGUCUUCUCCGAAGUGCAGCUGCCGAAACUUCUAAGUGCAGCUACUCCCAGAGUGCUUGUGAUAGGAAGAGCCAGGGUUUGCAAUUACCAUUAUGGUUGUGUGUUAUGAGGCGAUAUUCUGAAUGGAGCUUCAAUUCUUUGUGUUCGGUGACAAAAAGUGUUCCAAAUAGAACCCAGCGUCCUGUGAAAUACCAGAGAAAGCUCACUGAAAUGCGAUGUGGUUGGGGGCCUUCGACGCUGCACAGUUUAUGGAUCAUCUUGAUGCUUCUGGUGACCUCAUCAGCCGUUCUCGCAGAACGGCAGCCGUACCGAACGGCGUACGGCUGCGAAGGAGCAUCACUAAGCAUCACUUGCGAGGCCGGUCACGUGAUCAACGUGAUCCGGGCAAACUACGGCCGCUUCUCGAUCACGAUCUGCAACACGCACGGCAACACGGAGUGGUCCGUCAACUGCCAGAGCAGACGGUCUAAAGGCGUUCUCGCAGACCGAUGCUCGGGACGGGAGAGUUGCCAAGUAGUAGUUUCAAGCGACGUCUUCGGGGACCCGUGUCCCGGCACCGUCAAGUAUAUAGAAGUGCAGUACUCCUGCGGUGUCGCCACGACGACAACGACGACGGCGCGACCCCGUCCGAUUUGGGACGUGUACAGUAGCAGACCGCCGAUGUUCCUGCCUCCGACUUUAUCUUCUAAUGCUUCCAGAAGUGAAUCAACUUCUACAACUUCUACUACGCAAUCCACCACGUUGCCUUCUACCUCCACCCUAUCUACCACUAGUGCUCUUGUUAGUUCUUCUAAGGCUGGUUCUGUCAUCACCACUCCCGUACCUCUUAACAAAACUGAGAAUGCAUCUGACGACAAUGAAAGUGGAGCUGGAAGUAAAGGAAGUGCAGCAUUGGAUGAAAGAGGAGUUUACAACACAUCUACAACCACUUCAGCACCUCUUCAACCCACGGUGACCACAACCCCACUGUCCACGACAACUGAAGAAAGGAUUCGAAUUUCUCCGCCAAGUCCGCCUGUGCUUCAAAGUAAUGCAGACCCAACUUAUGAUUUACCUUGGUGCCCGCCUUCCUUUGGUCGAGGACUCUACUGGAACUGGACUCGUGGAGGAGACGUUGCUGUUCAGUCAUGCCCAGGAGGGGCUACUGGUUGGGCCAGAAGGAAAUGUUAUCCAUCUGGCUGGGCCGGUCCCGCUGAUUUAGGAGAAUGUCGUAGCGCGUGGCUUACUGCUUUAGAAGCCCGUGCCAGCAGCCACGAUGCUGUUCUCUCGGUCGCUGACGACCUUGCAACCGUCACUGCCAAUAAGGCUCUCUACGGCGGUGAUCUCACUACGGCUGCCCGCCUCAUCUCGACUCUGGCUCGCCGCAUGACUCUAGACGUGUCCAGUUUUCCGGAUGCACGACAGAAAGAGGCGUUGGUGACAGAGCUGCUUAACAAUGCUUUAUCGACUGCCUCAUCGCUGCUUGCCGCUGGUAUCGGGGGACCAUGGGGAGAUCUUGCCCCUCACGAAAGACGACACGCUGUCACCCAGCUCAUGGUUGGACUAGAAGAAGCUGCGUUUCUUCUGGCCGACGCUUUACCCCGAGACACGCAAGCUGCUUAUUACGACUCUCACGUGCUCGCGUCCGCCAGGGUCGUGACUGCUGAUGGAUCUUUCGUGAAAUUUCCUUCCUUGGAGGACCAGGCCUUGGACUGGACGUUCGCAGAUAACGUUAUUCUAUCGCCAGAAGCAAUUGUGGAAAACAGCGAACGUAGUGCUACAAAAGCCGUGUUCUUGACGUAUCGGCAUUUGGAAGAUUUGCUCACUCCGUACGAUGAAGCUUUAGGAACUUGGUCUGGGAGCAACGUAACUAGAAUGGUCAACUCUCGAGUUGUGUCAGCAUCAUUAGGUCAUGGACGGCAUAUACAGUUGCCGAAACCUGUCACUAUUGUCUUCUCGUUGUUACGCCAAGAAAACGUCACUAAUCCAGUAUGUGCUUUUUGGGACUACACUACCGCAAGUUGGAGUGACGAAGGAUGCAGGGUGGUUCUCCACAACCGCUCACACGUCACGUGCGAAUGCGAUCAUCUUACGAACUUCGCCGUAAUAAUGGAAGAGCAAACCAGCGUCGUGGCGGUCGACACUCAAUCUUAUGUGAGGGUCAUAGUCUACGCUGGAUGCAUCAUCUGCCUCGUUUGCUUGGCUGCUUCUUUGGUGAUGUUCACACUUUUUAAAAGCCUCUCGACUCCAUGCUCUGCUAUACACCAUCAGUUGUGCGUGUGUCUCCUCGUUGCUGAACUCGUCUUCGUAAUCGGAAUUUGGAGGACUGACUUGCCCAUAUUAUGCGGAGUGGUCGCCGGAGUUCUAUACUACACCAUACUGGCCGCCUUCACUUGGGUGUCUCUGGAAGGAGUGCAGUUAUACCUGAGCGUAGCUCGCGCGGUCGAGUACACGUCACUACGGCUGCGCUGGUGGCACUAUACGAUCGCUUACGGUCUGCCCCUGCUGGUCGUGUCAGCUGCCGCUAUCGUUGACCCUUUCAGUUUCGGCACUGAAAGAUAUUGUUGGUUACGAACAGAUAAUUAUUUCGUGUUCUCGCUGGUGGGACCGGCGUUGGCGCUGCUGGUGGUGCACAUCACUUUGCUCGGCGCGGCGCUACUGCACACUUGCAAACUGAGUCCCGACGACCCACUAAAGAGCAAGGAGAUGGCGCGCCUUGCCUCAUCAAAGGUUUGGCUGCGAGGGUCGACGACGCUGCUGGUGCUCAUGGUGCUCACGUGGACGUUUGGUUUGCUGUACCUUCACCGCCCCACGCUGGCGCUCGCCAUCGCCUUUGGGGCGCUCAAUGCAGUGCACGGCAUCUUCGUGCUCUCCUACUACUGUUUCAGGAAUCAAAAGUUGCUGCCGAGGUUGUGCAAUCAGUUGGCAGGCGUGAAGGGCCACAGAUCAUCCACGCUGCCCCCACCGUCGGGCCCGUUGAUUUCGGGCCCCACGUCCACAUUGGGGUCGCGGGGUUCCCUACGUCAGGGCGCUUCCCACCCGAACAACUCCACAUAUCAGGCCCGCAGCCCAGCGCCGACUACCACCACCACCACCACCAUGAACCCCUACCACCCCAUGGGUACCUUCCAUCAGUCUCUGCCUCGCCAUCAGUACCACAUCCGCUCUCACAACCCAACGGACACCUGCACCCUCUCCACCACCACCCACACCACCAUCACCAACACAACAACGCUGCUCCCUCACAUCAGCACGCAAGAGGAUAGCUCUUCCCCCAGCAGCUCGAAAGUUCCUCUUGCUCCUAGCGCCAUAGCUAUGUUUGCCAGCUCCCCUAAUGUGAUCAACAACCUCGAUGAAGACGCCAGCUACAAAUCAUUUUCGAGAGACUCUGGUCAUGGUGGCUCCGAACAAGAAGACUCGCCUCGCACCCAUUGGACCAACACUCAUCAUCCUCACCAACAGCAGCACCAUCUGCACCAACCACGGUACACGAGCUCGCUUUCAGCUGAUCUCAAGAAUUCUUAUCUUGCUAAAUUGAACAGAAUUAACAACGCGUCCGACGAUAACAGCAACAGGCUAAACUUGGACAAUGGAAAUCACCUUCCAUCGAACUCUCCAUUCCCGUGGGUUGAAAGCAGCAGCCAGAUGGUAUCGGUACCUAACGCUUAUUCUACGUCAAUGAACACCAAUGCUUCAGUUUCAACGAAGUCAAACAAUGGGCGAGGACCUUCUCCCUGGAAUCACACGUACAUGGAGAUUGACCACGAUGUUGACCCAGUCUAUGAAGAAAUUGAGCGGGAGCGUUGGAGCCGACUGAACGGCCAUUCUUCUGACGUGAUGCAGGUCUCGGAUUUAUCCGACGAAGAUGUCAAAAGGAACCACACUCCAAGUGACAUGAGUAGGAAUUCGUCAAGGUCUUACGGAGAUUCCAGGCCUUUACUGCCUUACUACAGUCAGCAGCAGCAACAACAACUGCGGCAACAGCAGCACCAGCAGAAACAACUUCAGCAACUACAAGAACAAUAUGCACUCAAUGAAGAUCGUCUCCGUGACUUUAAUAAUGCUCAGGUUAGCCUUGAUCAAGGUACCUUGCAACGAAUCCUAAUGCAGCAACAUCAAGACCAGCAACAGAUGCAACAACAAGUACUUCAGCAAAAACCACAUUUGUCUCGAGAGAAUCUAAUGACCGUUGCUGUACUUAACGGAGAACAAGUAGUUUGCCGCCUUAGCUCUCCUGGCCACAAGGCGCAACCGCAGCAGCAGCAGCAACAACAACAACCUAAUAAAUCCGCUUCUCCCAGUUGUGCGAGUUCCCUGGCAACGUCUCCUACCAGUAAUGGUAUGCCUGCCCAUAUCGUCAUUUCAAGACCACCGCAUUUGAUGCAACUACAACAGCAGCAACAACUUUACAAUGAUUCCUAGAGCGCUGUGUGUGAUGUGGACUCAAUUUGAUUUAAAUACGUUGUAAGUGUUGGAUAAAUGGUUCAAAACUUCAUUGGCCAUAGGUUCCUCACUUCAUUCAAAGUUACACUUGUGUCCCUCUGAUUCCCUAAUUAUUGAAAAGAAAUUUCAACGCUCGGAUGUAACGUGAGUUGCAGAUCUUUUAUAAACGUCUAGAAUAUUGUACAUGGUAUGCGUUUGAAUAUCCUGUGAGACGAACGAUCCUAACCUGUGAACACUUCGAUAGACUCUCUACCAAUAUUGUCGCCCAUCUGCUCUUCUCGCUCGAUGACACGACGGACGAAAUCGAUGACCAAAUUUUUUUAAGUGAUUUGGAAGGCAGAUUCCUAUGAAGAUGCUAGCUUAGACUUAGUGACGUGAUGUUCUGAUUUUAUUAUGGUUCUGGGUGCCGCAGAACUUUAUUUAUCUGAUACUAGUCCCUUAUUGUUAACGUGUCUAAGUUAUUGGUUUAUGCUCUUGUGCUUUGGAGGUAACUAGUUGUGUUCUUUAUUUUCUGUAAUAUAAUUUGUUUAAAUUAGUUGAUUUUCUUCGCCGGAAAUGACGCAGGAAUUUUUUUCUCACGUCUUGAUGUCUAGUAGUUAUAAUCGUGAUCGUAUUUGAAUAUCUAGCUAUUGAUUGAAGUGCUAUUCGACGAACGUAGGAAACUUAUACACAAGUCUGAUUUAACUAUAUUUCUAUCGUGUGUAAAUAUAUAAAUAUGAACAUUAUUGCAUGUUCUUAGUGUGUGUCUGAAUAUUAGAGAGCUUUGAUAACAGAAGUGAAUUUUUUCACAGCUAAUGUUAAAAUAUGGCCGGAAGUAUAUCUGGUCUUGUUUUUUGAGAUGUCAUAUCUUUACUGAAUUUGAAAGGUAUUGUCUUUACUCAAUGAUUUCAUUAACAUCUGAAAUUAAGCAUAGCGUCGGAUUUUUUUCUGCUUCAGUGAUUAGAUAUGUACAUUUUAGACGUUUCAAAUUAGCCUCAAUCUCGCACAUUGCUUUACCUACAUUUGAGUAUAAUGAAAGAAAGAUUCAUUCUAUGUACGCUGUAUGCUCGUCUGCACGCUAAUGUAUAGCUCCCAAACCUGUAGUCGUUUGUGUGCGUAUGUAUAUUAGAUAGACUCGAAGCUAAUGAAUUGCUAUAGCUUGAAUAUUUCUCACGGAAAUGAUCUAUUAGGUUAAGAUUCCCCGCAAGGUUUGGAAAUGUUUGGGAUGGGUCUCGCUGUUGAGGGCUGUCUCUAUGUGAUCGCGUCAGAGAAACCCUGUUUUGAACGUCGCUUGUAUGAUAAUCGAAGCCGUGUUUAUAGAUAAUCAAAUAUCGUGGUCUUAUAAAAUUUAUUAGAGUCUAGUUUCGUAUUGAGUAUUUGAAACAAAAACCUUUUUCACUACUUGCUGUGCAUUUUAGCAAUCUUUGACUUUCGGAACGAUUAAUAACCUUUUGUCCUUGUACGUAAGCUUUUUUUAUGUCCGCGGAGGAAAUUUGUUGCGCUUGAAAUAUAAAUGUUGCUGAAUGCAUUUCAGAUUUGCGUUUUCAGGUCGAUUUGUGCAUUCCAAGUACGUGUGUAUUUUGCUCUGAGCUUCUUAAAGGUGAAGGCGAUCGUCAUUCCUUGUACUUAUAGGCACCUAAAUAGAAUUAUUUCAUUUUAGGUUUAGAUGAUUCAGUCACAAAAUAAGUAAUGAUAAUUUUGACCAAAUAUUGGAUACGUUGUAUCAUAAUUUUUCUGCUUCCUGUACGCGAAACACUGUAAAAUCCAAGAGUUUUCGAUCGAAGUACCGAGUUACGUCUCGCUCAUCUGUUCCUUCCUCGCAUUUGUAAGAAAUGUCGUCUUAAACAAUGUCAGGUACACGACCUUAUCAUCUUCGUUUAUUUGAGAUUAUGAUUGUGCAAAUUUCCUUUUCAUGCAGAUCUGGUACGUAAUCUUUGUGCGUAUCGUUUGAAAAUAUAUUUAAUCGUUAACUAUUUACUUCCUAAUAUCGUGGACUGCACGAACAAUCAUGAAGCUUUGUUUAUUGCUAACUAUAUUUUUCGUAGAUUGAUCGUUCCAUUGUUAGCGACUGUAACCUUUUUUUUUAUUACAUGGCGACGUUGAACGCAAAUUUUUUACGGUUAUUUAGGAACUUCUAUUGCAAAUUUUAGUUGCAAUAGCUAGUUUGUAUUUCAUUUGAUGGAAAAAUAUUGGAAACUGUCAUCCAUGAUCACAUUUUUGUCCUUAGCCUAUCCUUAUUUCUUAAAAUUUAUUCAACGUAAUUUUCAUUAGGAAGAAUUUUCUUCUGCAGCCUAGAGAAAGAAAUGCAGCCUUUCCUUCUGCAGCCUAUAUUGAGUCCUAUUUUUUCGCAAUUUUCAAGGCUUGCCUUGCUGUAGGCAAGUGCGUUGGUUGAAGUGUCCAUUUUUCAUUGAUCCCAUAUUUUUUAACUAUCAUACGAAAAUUACAUAAAAUAUGCUGGAAGUCUUGUCGAUAAAUAGUAUUUCUCGUAGGCUCGGGCAUUCGUGUGCAUUAUUACCCUACACUUUAAGCUCUUGUUAUGCAGACAUUCUAGACAAUAUUUUUCGAUUUUAAAGCUCUUCACUAAUACGAAGAGUAACUAAUUAUCUGCUCUGGCAUUCAUCCAGACGCAAUUCUUCCCAUGUUAUCGAGUUGUGCUUUAUAUUCACGUUUACCAUGUCUUCUCUACUUGUACAACUUCCCUAUCUACCAACAUGUUAACAAAUUUUAUUUCAAAAUGAGAAUAACUAGCGCGUAUUUUGCUACACGUAAUAAAGCCAUUCUAAAGCUUAUCCAUGGUAUAAGUACGUUAUUUACUAGAAUCCUUAAUCAUAUAACUUGUACAUUCUACGAACCUGAAAGAACGUAGGAAUCUGUUCCCUAGCUGCCUCUUACAUAACUGAAUCGACCUGUCACGCAAAUUAUUCAGGUUAGGUUAUCAUAAGCUUAUUUGAUUACUAUGACCUUGUAUAUCCCAAUCUCGUGGACUGUGAUAGAUACUCUUUGUACAGUAUGACAAUAAAGUCUGGAAAAUAU